GAUAUAGCACACAAUAAUUGCUGCUUUUUCCUCUCUUUAUAACCCACCCCACCCUCUCUUCCUUAACGUUGUAAACAUCCUUCCAUUCAACCUUCAUCUCUCUCUCACACACACAAACAAAAACAAUGUCUGUAAUCACAAUACAAUCUCCAAAACAUUGUGCAACAAAACAAGUCCUCAAAAUAGAAAGAAACUACAAGAAAAUCUUCUUUGCUUUCUCAACAUUUUUCACCACAAUCCUCUUACUCAUACUCCUCAUCUAUUUCAUCCUCAAACCCUCCAAACCUCAAUUCUCCCUCCAAGAACUUGACAUCUAUCAACUCAACCUCACAGGACCAAUCCUCAACUCAUCAAUCCAACUGACCCUCCUCUCCAAAAAUCCAAACCAGAAAGUUAGCAUCUACUACGACGAGUUUCAAGUUUAUGCAACUUACAAGAAUCAACAGAUAACCAGUGAUUCAUAUGUGCCACCCUUUUACCAAGGACAGCAAGAGAGUAAUCUUCUGUCAUCUUCUUUGGUAGGAAAUGGUUUACCUGUUGCUCCUUCCAUUGGUUAUCAAAUGGGCCAUGAUCAAGCUUCUGGAAGAUUGGGUUUGAACCUUAAAGUUAAUGGAAAGCUUCGUUGGAAAAUUGGAACAUGGGUUUCUGGUCGUUACAGGUUUAAUGUUAACUGUGUUUCUGUUGUGGCGUUUGGAAUUGGAACCUCCAUGAAUGUGGCUCCUAUGACUUCUCAGUGUUCUACCAUAAUAUAAAUAUAUUGUUAAUUAGAGAGUUAUAUAUGUAAGUUCUUCAUGUUUUUUCGGUUUUGUUUUUUUGAUAUUGAAAGUUAUUUUGCAGCCACUAUGUGAUUUGUAAAUAAAAUAUAUGAAUGAUAUAAGUAAAAGUAUGAUGUUCCAGACA